UGCAGGUUCUUCCUUCUACCUCCCGUCAUAACAAACCCACCGCCGCGCCAAGCACCAACACACGCCGCCCCCUUCGCCGACGCACGCGCGCGCCCACUCUCGCACGGAAGAGCUUCUCUACUCCUCCUCGGUAGCAGCCAUGGCCGCGGAGCGGGAGCCUGAGCUGGAGCCGGAGCCGGUCGCCGAGGCGUCGACGUUCGCGGAGCUGGGCAUCUGCCGGGAGCUGGUGGACGCGUGCGACGCCAUGGGGUGGAAGGAGCCCACUAAGAUACAGGGCGGGGCCAUCCCCCACGCCCUCCAAGAUCAACAGCCAACAGAGCAAGCAGCAGCUCAACGGCAGGCAAAGAGCGAGCAAGCAGCGGCGGAUCUUCUUCUCCCAGCGGCUGCCUGCUGCUCCAGCGCUCCGGCGACAGGAACAGCAAAUAGUCAAUAGUGACAGCUAAGCAACACCAACAGCAAGCAGCGGGACCAGCAAUGCACAUUAUCCUGCUUCUCCUUGUCCCUGCCUUGGUGACCCCGCGCUGCACCUGCACCGUGUGCCGCGGCCGAACGGGGCGGCAGUCAGACAGCCGGCAGCUCCGGGUGGGGGAAUUGCGGACUGAACGGUGGGGAGGCGUCUCUGGGCCGUGAAUCGGUGACGAUGGGCUGUUGAAUUUCUUCGGGCCGCCAGCUCGCGGACUAGACCGAGCCGCUCGGCCGAAGGCCGAACAAGUCUCUCUUUGAAGCUCGGCUCGGCCAGAAAACAUGCUGGCUCGGUCCGGCUUGCCAUGGCCUGGUCCAGCUCGUGAGCCUGCGCUCGUAUGUCCAUCCUCUCACCGUCUUCGUUUCGACGUGGCAGCCCCGUGCCUACUUUUUUUUUACUCCUACAACCUAUUUUUGACUGAAUUGUAUCACUAGUAUUCCUUCCUUUUCACAAAGAAUGGUCCGCAUUUUAAAAUUUUAUUUUGACCGACAAUUAUUAGACUAAUGAUUUGAGAGUUAUGUGCUAAAAAAUUAUAUCAUUGGAUUCGUAUUUCAAAAAUAUUUCCAACGAUAUAAAUUUUGCAACAUAUAAUCUACAUAUUGUAGGUCAAAUUUUGACCUCGAAAAGCGUGGUUGUGAAAAGGAGGGAAUAUGAUUUUAAAAUCAUGUCUACGUUUUAUAAAUUCAUGGAUUAUGAUGUUUAUUUCCUCCCAGUUUAUGGACUAGUCAUGUAUUA